AUGGUCAAGUCCCACAGUGUGGCAGAGCCUUACAGGUGAGUCACCGCUAACACGUUCUCAGCCGUCGUUUUUGGGACAGGUGAGUAAACCACAAAACACGUUUUCCCUAGCCGUCGCUUUGGGACAGGUGAGUCACCACUACACGUUCUCAGCCGUCGCUUUGGGACAGGUGAGUCACCAUAAACAACGUUCUCCUGGCCGCCUCGCUUUCAAAAACCAAAACAGACACCAAGUCAGCUUCGAAAAGUCGACAGUCAAAAUAUGAAAAGCCAGUUUUCCCCCCUUUUGUCCGAAUGAGUGAGACGGGGUUGGUUAAGCCCAUUUUACAAAGUGUUUCUUCUAGAUAAUAUUUGGAUUGGAUUUGUUAAUGCUUCUCUGUCCUGUAGGUGUAUGUGGUUGUGGGAAAAGGAGUUCUUUGAAAAAGGCUCUGUUCAGGAGAAAACGUGAAGAAGGCUAACGCAUGGCAAGAAGGGGCAGAGUAAAGCAGAACCUAGAGCGGGCGUGGUGAGCACUGUGGCAGGAAGUUCACCCAGCCAAACUCAGAAUAAGGCGAACACAUGAACAACCACCGGGUGAGACACACACACACACCACACACCACACCCCACAGUAAAGCCACAAUCCUUCCCUUCUUCCAGCCUAAUGGAAGCCCCCCCCCGCCCCAGGUUGUUGCUAUAAACCCGAGGGAUGGGGGGCUAGAGAAACGUAACCCAUCUCUGAGAUGGGAGCUGUUAGCAUGGCGCUUGGAACGCCAGGGUAGUGGGUUUUUUGAUCCCCGGGACCACCCAUACGUUAAAAAUUUUAGUCUUUUAAAACCCCCCGGGGAAACCCUUUUUAAAAAUUUGGGGUUUUUUUUGGGUUUUUUUUAAAAAAAAUUUUUUAAACAUUUUUUUAAAAUUUGGUUUUAAAAACCCCGGGUUUUUUUUUUUCCCCCCGGGGGUUUUUUUUGGUUUGUUUUUUGUUGGGGGGGAAGGGGGGCCCCCUUUGGGGGGGUUUUUUAAAAAAACCCGGGAAAACCCAAAAAACCCCCGGGGGGCCCCCGGGGGGUUUUUUUUUUAAAAAAAAGGGGGGUUUUUUUUGGGGUUUUUCCCCCCUUUUUUUUUUAAUUAUUUUUUUAAAAGGAAAAAAUUUAACCCCCAAAAAAAAACCCCCCCAAAAAAACCCGAAAAAAUUUUAAAAAAAAAAUUUUUUUAAAAAAAAAACCCCCCCCAAAAAAAAUUUCCCCUUUUUUUUAAAAGGGGUUAAAACCCCUUUUUUUAAAAAUUUUUUGGGGAAAAAAACCCCCAAAAAAAAAAAAAAAAAACCCCCCCCAAAAAAGGGGCCCCGGGCCCCCGGGGGGGGGGAAAAAAAAGGGGGGGGAAAAUUGGGAAAAGGGAAAAGUUUCCGGGGGGAAAAAAGGGGGGAAAAAAUAAAAAAACCCCCCCCCCCCGGGGCCCCCAAAAACCCCCGGGGGGGUUUUUUUUGAGAACGGUGAGGAAACCCCCCCCCAAAAAAGGGGGGUUUUUCCGGGGUGGCCCAAAAAAAAAAACAAGGGGUUUGAAACCCCCCCCAAGGCCCGGGUUUCCCCCCAAAAAAAACCCCCCAAUUUCCCCCCUUUUUAAAAAAGGGGAAAGGGGGGUUUUUUUGGGGGUUUUUGGGGGGCCAAAACCCCCGGUUUAAAAGGGGGGGGAAGGGGGGAAAAAAAAAAACCCCCCCCCAAAAAACCCCCCUUUUUUUGGGGGGGGGGUUUUUUUGGGGGGGUUUUCCCCCAAAAGGGGAAACCCCCCUUAAAGGGGAAAAAGGGGGGCCCCCCCCCCCGGGGGAAAAAACCCCCCCGGGGGGGGCCGGGGAAAAAAAACCCCCGGGGGGGGGGGAUUUUUGGGGAAAAAAAGGCCCCGGAAAAAGGGCCCCCCAAAAAAAAAAAUUUUGGGGGGGCCCCCCCCCCCAAAAACCCCCCUUUUAAAAAAAAAUUUGGGGGGGGGGGGAAAAAUUUAAAAAAAAACCUGGGCCCCGGGGGUUUUUUUGGGGGGAAAAACCCCCAAAAAAAAAAAACCCCCCCUUUAAAAAAAAUUUUAAAAAAACCCCUUUUUUUUUUUUGGGGGUUUAAAAAUUUUUCCCCCCCUUAAAAUUAAAAUUUUUUUCAUUUGGGGGGGGGAAAAAAAAUUUUUUUUUUUUAAAUUUUUAAAAAAAAGGGUUUUUUUUUUUUUUGGUUUAGUGGGAAAAGGGGGUUUUUUUCCCCUUUUUUUUUUUUUUUUUUUUUUUUCCUUUUUUUUUUUAAAAAAAAAGGGGGUUUUUCCCCCAAAAAAAAAAAUUUUUGGGGGAAAAAAAAAUUUUUUAAAAAAAAAAAAAAAAAAAAAAAUUUUUUUUUAAAAAUUUUUUAAAAAAGAAAAUUUUUUCCCCCAAAAAAAAUAUAAAACUCCUAAAAAAAAAAAAUUUUUUAUUAAAAAAUUUAAAAAACCCCAAAAAAAAAAAAAAAAUUUUUUUUUCCCCAAAAAAAAAAAAAAAAAAAAAUUUAAAAAAAAAUUUUUAAAAAAAAAAAAACCCGGAAAAAAAAAAAAAAAAAAAAUUUUUUAAAUUAAAAAUUUUUAAAAAGCAAAAAAAAAAAAUUUUAAAAUUUUCCCGGGUUUAAAAAAAAAAUUUCCCAAAAAAAAAAAUAAAUGGGCCCCAAAAAAAUUUAAAAAAAUUUUUAAAAAAUUUGGCCCUUUAAAAAAAAUUUUUAAAAAAAAUUUUCCUUUAAAAAAAAAAAAAUUUGGGGUUUUUGGGGCCCCAAAAAAAAAAAAAAAAUUUUUUUACCCCAAAAAAAAAACCCCCCAAAAAAAAGGGAAAAAAUUUUUUUUUUUUUAAAAAGGGGGUUUUUUUUCCCCCCCCUUUUUUUUCCCCGGGUUUUCCCCCCCCCCCCCCCCCGGGGUUUUUUUUCCCUUUUGGAAGGGGGGGUUUCCCCCGGCCCCCCCUUUUUUUUUCCCCCCCCCCCCCCCCCUUUUUUUUUAAAAAAAAGGGUUUUUUUUCCCCCCCUUUUUUGGCCCCCCCCCCCCUUUCCUUUCCCCCCCCUUUUUUUGGGGGGUUUUUUUUUCCCCCCUAUCCCAAAAACCCCCCCCCCCCUUUUGGGGGUUUUCCCCCCCCCCCCCCUUUUUUUUUUUUUUCCCCCCCCCAAACCCCCUUUUCCCCCCCCCGGGGGGGUUUUUUUUUUGGGGGGAAACCCCCCCAAAAAAAAAAAAGGGGGGGGGGGGGAACCCAAAAAAAAACCCCCCCCCUUUUUUAAAAAAAAAAAAAAAUUUUUUUUUUGGGGGGGGGGGGGGCCCCCUUUUUUUCCCCCAAAAAAGGGGGGGGGGUUUUAAAAACCCCCCUAAAACCCCCCCCCCCCUUUUUUUUUCCCCCCAAAAAAAUUUUUUUUUUUUUUUUUAAACCCCCCCCUUUUUAAAAAAAGGGGGGGGAAAAUCCCCCCCCGUUGGUUUUCCCCCCCCCUAAGCUUUUUUUUUUAAAAAAAACCCCCCCCCCCUUUUUUUCCCCCCCCCCCCCCUUUUAAUUUUUUCCCCCCCCCCCCCUUUUUUUUUUUUUUUUUCCCCUUUUUUUGGGACCCCCUUUUUUUUUCGUAAACCCCCCCCCCCUUUUCCAAAAAACCCCCCCCCCCAAAAAAAAAAUUUUUCCCUUUUUUUAAUUUUCCUUUUCCCCCCCCUUUUUUUUUUCCCCCCCCCCCCCUUUUUUUUCCCCCCCCUUUUUCCCCCCCGGGGCCCCCCCCCUCCUCCUUUUUUCCCCCCCCCCCCUUUUUUUUUUCCCCCCCCAAAAAUUUUUUCCCCUCCCCCUUUGGGUUUUUCCCCCCCCCCCCCCCUUCCCCCCCCUUUUUCCCCCCCCCUCCCCCUUUUUUAAAACCCCCCCCCCCCCUUUCCCCCCCCCCCUUUUUUUCCCCCCCCAAAAAAAUUUCCCCCCCCCUUUUUUUUUUUCCCCCCCCCCUUUUUUAAAAAAAAAAAAGGGGGUUUUUUUCCCCCCCGGGCCCCCCCCUCCCCAAAUGUUUUUUUCCCCCCCUUUUAACCCCCCAAAAAAAAAAGGGGGGGGUUUUUUGGCCCCCCCCCCGGGGGGGGGGGGGGGGGGUUUUCCCCCCUUUUUUUUUUCCCCCCCCCCCCCCCCCCUUUCCCCCCCCCCGGCCCCCUUUUCCCCCCCUUCCCUUUCCCCCCCUUUGGGGCCCCCCCCCUUUUUGGGUUUUUUUUCCUUUUUUGGAAAACCCCCCUCCCCUUUUGGUUUUCCCCCCCCCCCCCCUUUUUCCCCCCCCCCCCUUUGGGGAAAACCCCCCCCCCCCCCCCCUCUUCCCCCCCCCCUCCUGGUUUUUCCCCCCCCCCCCCUGUUCCCUUUUUCCCCCCCCUUUUUUGUUCCCCCCCCCCCCUCCAAUUCCCCCCCCCCUUUCCUUUUCCCCCCCUUUUUUUAAAAAAGGUUCCCUUCCCCCCCCCCCCCCCCUUAAUUUUUUUUUUCCCCCCCCCCCCCCCCCUUUUCCCCCCCCCCCCUUUUUUUUUUUUUUUUUCCCCCCCCCAAAUUUUUUUUUUCCCCCCCCCAAACCCCUUUUUUCCCCUUUUUCCCCCCCUUUUUUCCCCCCCCCCCCCCCCCCCCUUUUUUUUCCCCCCCCCCUUUUUUCCCCCUCCCCCCCCCCCCAAACCCCCCCCCCCUUCCCCCCAAAAAAAAAAAAAACCCAAAAAAAAACCCCUUUUUUUUUUCCCCCCCCAAAAAACCCCCCUGAAUUCCCCACCCAAAAACCCCCCCCGGGCCCCCCCCCCGGGGGGGGUUUUUUUUUUCCCCCCCCCCCCCUCUUUCCCCCCUUUUUUUCCCCCCCCCUUUUUUAAAAAAAAUUUUUCCCCCCUUUUUAAAAAAAAAAAAAAAGGGGGGGGGGUUUUUCCCCCCCCCCUUUUUCCCCCCCCCUUUUUUUCCCCCCCCCUUUUUUUCUUUCCCCCCCCCCCCCUUUUUUUUUUUCCCCCCCCCCCCCCCCCCCCCCUUUUUUCCCCCCCCCCCCCCCCUUUUUUUCUGUUCCCCCCCCCGGGGGUUUUCCCUUUCCCCCCCUUUUUUUUUUCCCUUUUCCCCCCCCCUUUUUUCCCCUUUCCCCCCCCCAAUUUUCCCCCCUUUUCCCCCCCCUUUUCCCCCCCCCCUCCCUCCUUUUUUGGGCCCCCUUUUCCCCCCCCUUUUUCCCCCCCCCUUCCCUUUUCCCCCGGCCCCCCCCCCCCCUUCCCCCCGGUUUGGGCCCCCCCCCCCCUUCCCCCCUUUUUUUUUUUUAAGGGUUUAAAAAAAAAAACCCCCCCCCCCCCCCCCCCCCCCCCUUUUUUUUUUUUCCCCCCCCUUUUUUAAAAAAAAACCCCCCCCCCCCCCCCGGGGGAAAAACCCCCCUUUUUUACCCGGGGGCCCCCCUUUCCCCCCCCCCCCCCCCGGGGGAAAAUUUUCCCCCGGGUUUUUUGGGGGGGGGGGGGGGGGGAAAAAUUUUUUUUCCCCCCCCCAAAAAAAAAAAAAAGGGGGGGGGGAGGGGCCCCCCCCCCCCCGGGGGGGGGGGGGGGGAAAAAAAAAAAAAAAAUUUUUUUUUUUUUUUUUUUUUCUUUCCCCCAAAAUUUAAAAACCCCCCCCCCUUUUCCCCCCCUUUUUCCCCCCCCUUUUUUUUUCCCCUUUUUUUUUUUUUUCCCCCUUUUUUUUUUUAAAUUUUUUUUUUUUUUCCCUUUUCCCCCCUUUUUCCCCUUUUUUUUUUUUUUUUUCCCCUUUUUCCCCCCUUUUGGCCCCCCCCCUUUUUUUUUUUAAUUGGGGGGGGGGGGGGAAAAUUAAGGGGGUUUUUUCCCCCCCUUCCCCCCGCCUUUUGGGGCCCCCCCCAAAAAUUUUGUUCCCCCCUUUUCCCUCCCUUUUUUUCCCCCCCCCCCCCCCCGGGGGCCCCCCCCCCCCCCCCCCUUCCCCCUCCCCCCCUUGGCCCCCCUUCCCCCCCCUUUUUUCCCCCCCCCCCCCUUUUUUUCCCCCCCCAAAGUCCGUCCCCCAAAAAAAAGUUUUUUUUUUCCCCCCCUUUUUUUGGGGGGUUUUUUUUCCCCCCUUUUCCCCCCCCCCCCCUUUUUUCCCCUUUUUUUUUUUAAAGUUUUUUUUUUUUUGGGGGUUUUUUUUUUCCGGCCCAAACCCCCAAAGGUGGCCCCCCCCAAAAACCCUUUUUUUUGGGGGGGGGGCCCCCCCCCCAAAAACCAAAAAACCCCCAAAAAAUUUUUUUUUUUCCCCCCCCCCCCCCCCCCCAAAAACCCCCCCCCCCCCCCCCCCCCCCCCUUUCCCCCCUUUUCCUUCCCCCUUUUUUUCCUUUCCCCCCCCCCCGGGUUUUUGCCCCCCCCCCGGGGGGGGGGAAAAAACCCCCCCCCUUUUUUUCCCCCCCCCCCUUUGGGGGGGACCCCCCCCCCGGGGGGUUUUUCCCAAAAAAUUUUUGGGGGGAAAAAAAAAUUUAAUUAAAUUUUUUUUUGGGGGGGGGGGGGCUUUAAAAAUUUGGGGGUUUUUUAAAACCCAAAAAAUUUUUUUUUUCCCCCCCCAAAAAAAAUUUUUUUUUAAAAAAAAAAGGGGCCCCCAAAAAAACCCCCCCCCCCUUUUUCCCCCCUUUUCCCUUUUUCCCCCCCCCAGGGUUUUAAAACCCCCCCCCCCAAAAAAAGGGCCCCCCCCCCUUUUGGGGGGGCCCCCCCCCCAAAACCCCGGGGGGGUUUUUUUCCCCCAAACCCCCCCCAAAAUUUUAAAAAAAAUUUUUUUUUUGGGGGGGGGGCCCCCCCUUUUUUUGUUUUGGGGUGGCAGCUACGGGAUCACGUACGUUCUCAGCCGUCGCUUUGGGACAGGUGAGUCACCACUAACACGUUCUCAGCCGUCGCUUUGGGACAGGUGAGUCACCACUAACACGUUCUCAGCCGUCGCUUUGGGACAGGUGAGUCACCACUAACACGUUCUCCGCCGUCGCUUUCAAAAACCACACAGACACCAAGUCAGCUUCGAAAAGUCGACAGUCAAAAUAUGAGAGCCAGUUUUCUCUGUUCGAAUGAGUGAGACGGGGUUGGUUAAAGCCCAUUUACAACUGUUUCUAGAUAAUAUUUGAUUGAUUUGUUAAUGCUUCUCUGUCCUGUAGGUGUAGUGUGUGUGGUAAGGAGUUCUUUGAGAAGGCUCUGUUCAGGAGACACGUGAAGAAGGCUACGCAUGGCAAGAAGGGCAGAGUAAAGCAGAACCUAGAGCGGGCGUGUGAGCACUGUGGCAGGAAGUUCACCCAGCUCAGAGAGUACAGGCGACACAUGAACAACCACCAGGGUGAGACACACACACACACACACACACACACACACACACGUAAAGCCACAAUCUGUCAUUCUUCAGCCUAAUGGAAGCCCCCCCCGCCAGGUUGGUUUGCUAUAAACCCGAGGGAUGGGGGGCUAGAGAAACGUAACCCAUCUCUGAGAUGGAGCUGUAGAGCAUGGCGCUUGGAACGCCAGGGUAGUGGGUUCGAUCCCCGGGACCACCCAUACGUAAAAAUGUAUGCACACAUGACUGUAAGUCGCUUUGGAUAAAAGCGUCUGCUAAAUGGCAUAUUAUUAUUAUAUUAUGCACGCAAGGACUGACGGUCAAUGAGAGCAACAUCUCAAGCACGUUUCAGAUGCAAACCACACUGUUCAACUGGAUGUAAAUAUUGUCUCCAUCCAACAGUAAAAAGUACUCAGUGAUGCUAUAGAGGUGUGUUCAUUGGGCAGCUGGAGAAUAAGGGGUCUGUACUGCAACGUAGCGCUGAAUGUUUCCCUGUCUUCUAACACCUGUCCUCUUCUCUCAGGAGUCAAACCCUUUGAGUGUCUGACGUGCGGCGUAGCCUGGGCCGACGCCCGUUCCCUGAAGCGCCACGUGCGCACCCACACCGGCGAGCGCCCCUACGUGUGCCCCGAGUGCCAGGAGGCCCACAUCGACGCCCGCUCCCUCCGCAAGCACAUGACCAAAUACCACGGCGACCACCUGCCGGGGAAGAUCAUGCUGGAGAAAGAUACGCUACAGUUCCACAACCAGGGUACUCAGGUCGAACACGCCGUCUCCAUCCUGGCGUCCGAUCUCCCCCCCGAGCUCAGGCCCGCACAGCCGCCGCCGGCCGAGGAGAUCGAGACGGUGCUGAUCACGGAGGAGACGGUGGAGGCUGUUGAAGCGGUUCAGGCUGUACAGGGUGACGGGGUCGCGACCUUGUCGGACCAGAGUAUAAUGCAAGUGGUGAACUAUGUGCUGUCCCAGCACAGUGUGCUGCCCGGGGGGGUGAAGAUGGAGGAGCAGGAGGGUGAUGAAGGGCAGGAGGGUGAUGAAGGGCAGGAGGGUGAUGAAGGGCAGGAGGUUCUACAGACCAUGGAGGUAGAGGUGGCACACAUGGCAGAG